AUGCUCAGCCUCAAUGGCCGCAGGAGGCCGAGCCUCUUCCCCAAUUACAAAGUUGGAGUGACCGCACCUGAGGCCAAAGACUCAGGGGAGGACCACAACCUUCCCUUUGCCAAAGACAGCUGGAUCAAGCAAUGGAACUCCAUGGACGACAUGAGCGGGAACAUUUAUGACAUCUAUGCUGAGUACGAGAAUGAGGACAAUGACAGGCCGUCAAUGCCUCUUUACACGCUCAGUUCACCUGUCAAGAAUUACAUGCUCAACAUCAACGUGGGGGGGAAGGCUUACCAGAUCUCCUAUUUGGCUGCAGCAAGGUACCCUACAACCAGAAUCGGACGGCUGGCAACCUACACAGACCACAACAGGAAGCUGGACCUCUGCGACGACUAUGUUGUCCACAGCAACGAGUAUUUUUUUGACCGGGACCCAGACAUCUUUCACAACAUAUUCAACUUCUACAGGACAGGGGUGCUCUGGAUAAAGGAUGAGCUCUGUCCACGGAACUUCCUGGAGGAGAUAAACUACUGGGGUGUGCGGAUCAAGAACACCCACCGCUGCUGCCGCAUCUCCUUCGAGGAGAGGCAGGAUGAGCUCAACGAGCAGUUGAAGGUACAGCGGGAGCUGCAGGAGGAGGUCGAGAUGGAAGAGAAUGAGGACAGGUUUGAGGACAUGGCCAUGGGCCAGACGCGGAGGAUCAUCUGGAACCUGAUGGAGAAGCCUUUUUCCUCCCUCAUGGCCAAGCUCAUGGCGGUGGCCUCCAGCUUCUUCGUGCUGGUGUCCCUGGUGGCCAUGUCGCUGAACACGGUGGAGGAGAUGCAAUACAACACUCCGACAGGCCAGCUGAGUGGGAGGACCUAUGGCGAGUAUGUGGAGACCUUCUGCAUUGCCUUUUUCACUGUGGAAUACCUGUUGCGGCUGGUGUCCACGCCGGACCUCAUGCGUUUUGCCCAGAGCGUGCUGAACGCCGUGGACCUGCUCGCCAUCCUCCCCCUGUACCUGCAGAUGGUACUGGAGUGCUUCGAGGACGAGGACAGCGACAUGGGCGCGGUCAGGCAGGUGGGCGCGGUCAGGCAGGUGGGCAAGGUGGGGCAGGUGCUGCGCAUCAUGCGACUGAUGCGCAUCUUCCGCAUCCUGAAGCUGGCGCGCCACUCCACAGGUCUGCGCGCCUUCGGCUUCACCCUGCGCCAGUGCUACCAGCAGGUGGGCUGCCUCCUCCUCUUCAUCGCCAUGGGCAUCUUCACCUUCUCGGCCAUGGUGUACACCGUCGAGCAUGACGUCCACCAGACCAACUUCACCAGUGUACCCCAUGCCUGGUGGUGGGCUGCUGUGAGCAUCUCAACUGUGGGAUACGGUGAUAUUUUCCCAGAGACACAUCUGGGUCGAAUCUUUGCUUUCGCCUGCAUAUCCUUUGGGAUAAUCCUAAAUGGAAUGCCCAUCUCCAUCCUCUACAACAAGUUUUCAGACUACUACAGCAAGAUCAAGGCCCACGAGUGCACCUCCAUCCUCAAGAACCGAGGCAAGGUGCGCUUUACCAAGAGGGUGGCAAGAAAAAUGUCAGAGUGCUGCAAUGGUUUCGCUGGCGGUUCCGUCGUCGGGGAGCCAGGGCUGGUCUGGUUCGGUGUGGAUGAGGGUGUCUUUCGGGAGACGCGUUGA